CAUUUUGGGUUUGCGUUGCUUCACACAGCAGCAGUGCCCAAAGAAGCUGACAUGCACAUAUCACUACCUCUGAUGAUCUUGACGUUCCUUGGCUUCCUGCCGCAUCAUGGAUGGGGAGGGCAUUUUGUGACUGUAACUGAUCCAAGAAACAGUGCUGAAACCCACCAUCCCACCUUGGAUUCCAGCCUUGCUCCCCUCCGCACUUUGCUCAGUUCCAUCUCUUCUAAUUCCAUCAGGUUGCCUGAAAACGGGGUUUCCUGCAGCGACUUAAUGCCUGAUGUCCUAGAACGUUUCAACAGUGUGCCUCGACCAGCCCAAAUUCUCAUUCGGGCUGCACUGGUACUUGCCUUGCAAAAUGCAGGCUGUAGCCAGCAUGCUGAAACCCUUGGGGUGGAUCUCUACCAGGAAUUGGGGCAGAAAGAUGCAAGCAUCCUCCUGUUUAUAAUUGUAAAAGCCCUGGGCACAGCUAAUUCUACAGGUGAAGAUAAAAGCUUUGCCGCCCUACAGUUCAAUCUGGACCAGCUAGCACCCAAACAAGCUUGGCAGUGCCAAGGCCUGAUGCGGGUCAAUAGAUCUCUCCUGCAUGGCCAGGUGUACCGUGUCUACAGGUGGUUUCCAGCAGCUGCUGCAGCCUGUCACUAUUUGGGGAAUGUUUGUGCUGGAGUGGUCACCAAUGGCAACAGGUCCUUCCAAGUGCUGCUUAGAGAUGGCAGCUACUUCCUGCCACAGCACGGUUCUCAUUCCUGGCUUCAUCAGUGCCACAGGCAUGCACGAAUGCGACGUUUCAUGACAGAAGACUGCCUAAGUGAAAAGGAGCAAAAUGUACACACAGUUGUGGGGUUCAUACCUGUAGUCAGCACUCUGUAUAACUUCGCAACCAGCCUCUACUAUGCUAGCCAAGACUGCAGUGACUUGGCCAAGGAGCGUGCUAUAGAGGGGGCCAUAGACUUGGGCUAUGAUUUCUUGGUUGGUUUAACUGGGGGGACUGGGACUGCCUUUAAGAUGAUGGUUGCUUCAGCAUUGAAACCAGGCUACAAAAUAGGCGUACAGGCUCUAAUUGAACACGUUCAGGAGAAUGGGCCACCGUAUCCAGUCCCCUCCAAUUACUCAGGCCCAGUCAUCAUAAUCUAAUCCAGGCAUUCUCAAACUUUGCACUGCUACAACCACCAAAAAUAAUAAAUGAAUAUCUGCAACCCACCCAAUAAAACGAUUGAUUUCAUUGUGGUUAAGUCUGGGCAAGAAAUAUACCACUUACUUUGAAGAAUUACAUUUUAAUCUAUAUAAUUACCAUGGCUCUCAAACUUGAUGGCCUUGGGCCAUUAAGCAGGGACCAGGGCAGGGACUGAAGACUGAUAUAUGAAUUUGGACAGCCCUCAAGCUUUGCUUAUCCAAAACUGUUUAGUUUUUUUAAAAAUUGUGACACUCUUCCAUUUACAUUGAUCGAUCUCACACACACACACACACACACACACACAUAUACACACCCCAGUGGGGAUGUUACAACCCAAAGUUUGAGAAUUCUUGUUUGACGCUAUUACAAAUUAUACUAGUAUUUUAAAAGUAUGUGCUGGUGUUUGAGUGUAUGUGACAGGAAAUGACAGAUGCUUUGCUAUUUUCUUUUCCAAACCAUUGGCUUUUAGGUGCCAGCUGUGUAGGCUGAUUUUUACAAAACAAUGUGUCAAAAACAGUCAGGUAUAGAAGUUUUGCAUUUUGCAGUUGGAUUGUCUGGAGAAUCCUCAGAGGGAUAUAAUUGAAGGGCAUUGUUUUGAUACACAAUUUUAUACUCUCUCUAUAUAUUUCACA